GCGCAAGCAGAUACAGACAGGUUUGCGAGAAGAGUUGAGGGAGAAAGCGCAGCGGGGGCUAAGUAAGCCGAUAGCUGUUCGUGUGUGCGACUUUGAGCUUGCGGUGACAGUGAAGUAACUAGCGUAUGCGACCUGAACGUUUUGACACUAGCCGUGCUUGCCGCGUAGCGUGCUUGCCCACGAUUUCAGUUUGUUUACUGCUGUUGCUCCUCUGCAACACCACAACCAUGCACCCACCAUGUUCGUCAGCAAGUCCCGCCGCUCAAGAUCUUGACAUCGAUGCAUCCUUUGCGGCUCAGCGUCGCUAUGGACUGAGUGGGGCCUACUCACCGGCAAGAUGCGGCUUCUCCUACGACCCGCGCUUCGUCAAAGAACUCACGACCGCAUUGCGCCUGUUGAGCGAGAAGGACGCGCCUCGGCACAGGAUAUACGGCGAAGAAGCGAACGACUCCCGCCUGGGCCAUACUCCACCAGAGACUCGCACGCGUUACAACAGCGAUGAAGCCAAUAUGAUCCGAUCUUUCAUGGAAACACAAGAGGUGACAACACUACCGGAAGAGCGUGCGCGUUUCCCAGCCAAUCUCAUGAGGGGACAAGUAGCAACGGUGUUAGAUGAUACCAUUGUUACGCAAAGCCCGUCAGCAAUGCGCGAAAGCCAAUCAACCGUACAAGUCGCCAUGCAAAGAAACAAAGUUGCAAAAAGAGAGCAGAAAUCGAAGAAGUUGCGCACAGAUCCCGCCGUCCUGAAGUCUUACUUCCCUAUGCUGCACGAUGACUCCGCAGGCAAGGAGAACAUGGAAACUUCGAGCAUGAAUACGCAGAAAAUUAACGGGGACCCAGAGUACGAUAGCCUAUUUGAGAUGUACAAAGCUGAGCGCGCAGAGCACGGACAAGCAGCAGACGCUUGUGAGCAACGGGGGCCGAGCGUGAGGCAAGAUCUGCAGCAGAGGCAGGAGCGCACUGUAUUGUACGAGAAGUUCGAAGCCCAACAAAAGACCUUGAAAGAGAGACGGGUCCUAAAGGAGAGACAACAAAGACCGUGAGAAAGAGGUGCUGGAAACGCACGCACUUGAUACCAAUGUACAAUAAACAAUGAUGAUAAAUGACAGUCUUCAACGAAACCGAACUCCCUACUAUGUUCAUAAAAACCUUC